ACAUGGUCGUCGUCGCUAUCGCUGGUGGUUUUGGGGACUUGGGACAGCAAUUUUCGCAGGCUAUCAAAGCGACCGGGAAGCAUGAAAUAAUUGUGCUGAAGCGAAAGGGAGGCACAUCCAAAGACUUGCCUGGUUUCGAUGUUGCUGGGGUUGACUACAGCGACAUCGCAUCCUUGACUACCUUGCUUGAUGAGAGGAAAGUUCAUACUAUAGUUUCUGCACUUGGCGUGCACUGGGAGGAUGCUGCAAACAAUCAAGUCAACUUGAUCAAAGCUGCUGCAAAAUCUGAGCAUGUGAAGAGGUUCUUGCCUGCCGAAUAUACCUUCGAUUAUGCCCCAACCCAUGACCUCAAACCAUUUUAUUGCAAGGAGUAUACGGAUGCAAAUCGCAAAGCGCUGGCACUCACUGACCUCGAAUGGACCAUUUUGUACACCAGUCAAUUUCUCGACUAUUUUGGCCUCCCGAAUAUGCCUACGACAAUGAAUGGCAUAUAUCUUCUGCUCGACAUUCCGAACAAAGUAGCAGUUCUACCUGGAGAUGGCACGGCAACGAUAAAUGUCGUUCUCACUACUGAUGCUGCGAAGUUUGUCGCUGCUCUCCUUGACCUUCCCAAAUGGGACCCGGUCUACAACCUCGUCGGGGAUUCGAUGACGUUGAAUGAAGCCGUAAAGACUGCCGAAAGAGCUACAGGAGCCAAAUUCAAAGUAACCUACGAUUCCCUCGAGAAUUUAUAUAAUGGCUCACCAAUUUUGUUGCCUGGAAACGAAGAAAUCUUCAAGAACUGGCAGAUUGAAAGGGAUAGCACCAUACAGUUCUGUGCUGCAAUUAGUGUGGGGAUUGCAAAGGGUUCUGCAGAUGUUUCUCGUCAAGGUACAAGUCUAAACAAGAUAUUCCCAGAUAUGAAGACUGUCAAAGCGGAGGAGUACAUUAGGUUGUGUUUCCCUAAUGGCGUCUAA